AAAAAAUAAUGAUGCUUUCUUAUCGAUUUGUAUUGAUUGCCAUAAUCAGUUUGCUACUAACCUCCACUGUGAAUGCGCGAUGUUAUCGACGGCCGGCAAACCAAAAUCAUUGCAACGGAGCAAUCAAUAAGAUUACAUUUCAGGAAGGAAAACUCCCGAUGAUUGAAAACGAAGUGGUAGCAAUAUUGGAUACUUGUAGUCUAAUCGUCCGUAACUUACAUCAACAGGUUGUUACAAAAGACCUCAUCAAAAGUGGUGUUGCUGAGCUUUUCAAGCAAUGUCCUGGCAAGUGUGGCUCGGUGAAGGUUCCGAGUAACCCGAAGGUCAGUGUAUUGGUCAAAAUGCGUGCCCCAGCAGGCACACAAUGGGAGGCAUGGAAUGCAGACGCCGAGCUGAACAAGCCGUACUGCUAUCAGCCUAAUGGAGAGCCAGAAGUGAAAUCUAAAUAUGAUUGUAUUAAAGCCUACAAUCAGAUCCCUAUCGAUUCCCAAGGGCACUUGACUCAUAAGUCUAAAGGCCUGCUCACGCAAAUGGGAGUCACCUUUGGAUCAUGCACCUUGGCUCUCACCUCUACCGAUGGAUCCAUCUUUCAAUUGAAUAAGAAAGAUACUGCCCCAAUCAUCACCAAAAUGAUCCAACAAUGUGAUAAAAAGGUUAGAAAUUGA